AUGUCGACUCGCUCACACCAGGGCUGCUGGACUUGUAAACGACGGCGACGUCGCUGCGAUAAUGCGCGACCAUCGUGUCGAAACUGUUCCGAGCGUGGAGCUACAUGCGAGGGCUAUGAAGUUCGGCUUAGAUGGGGUGCAGGGAUCGCAUCGCGCGGUCACUUUACUGGUGCAGAUAAACCAGUCAAGAAUUCUGUGCCGCCAAGGCAGAGGGGGAGACAGAGGGAUCUUAGUCGGGAGAGAAAACGGCGAGUGGAAUUGGAGAGGGACUCUGCUUUGGAUGGGAGUCGGGAUUCAGAGCUGGCGGUGUCACAGGGGGUGGUUGAAGAUGAGGUUCUUUUCAAUGAAUUCAUGAAUAACGGCAUUAAUGUGCUUCAUUCGACAACAGCACGAGAUAGCAUGCUUCACCCACGUCUCCCGCAGCUUUGUCAGGAAUCCGGCGCCUUGUCUUCUAUCUGCAUUGCAUUCCAACUCGCACUAUCGAGCACAGACUCGUCCCAGUUCUGCGAGUAUUUUGACACCGCAUUAAGGACGUUUCGAUCAGAACUAGCGUGCAGCACAACCCUAUCCGAUGGGACGUUGACCUCAGGGCUGCUGCUGUGUAGCAUUGGCUUGAUGCACGGCCUACCCUGGACUAUGCAUUUAGAGGGUAUGCAUAACAUCUUACAGAGCCAUGGCCUUGAUGAUUUGCACCCCAAACCUACGCAAACUCACUUCCGUGUCCACCUCCUCGAGGUGAUGGGGGUGAUGGACCUGACCUGCUUUUCUGUCGGUCGUCAAGUUCCGGAGAUUGGUAUCUGGCGUCGGUAUUGCCAACCCGCGACACCCAGGUAUGGUAUUGAGCCUGUCAGCGGCCUCCCUCGUACACUGCUUGAUCUCUUUGCUGGGAUCGGGGUAGAGACUACGGAGCAGAGUCUAUGGGACUGGCCUGGCGAGACCGGGAGCUUUUUACAGUGUUAUCUGUGGGAGGCGCAUCGACUAGCUGGUAUCCUUACUGUCCGACAACGAGCUAACAUUUCUUCUACUCUUAUUCCCAAAAACAAUGUCUCGACAUGGCGGCAGCCUGCCAAGUGUCCAGCAGAUACAUCCGCUCUCGUUGCGCGGGUCUUGGCUAGUCUUGACGCCCUCCGUCUCGCAUCAGCUGAGCGCCCAACGGAAGAUAUCUUCAUCAAGAAUGCAAUCCUGUUUCCUAUGUUUGUCGCUGGAUUGGAAGUCGGUGUCCUAUGUUGCAAACCGGAAUGGCAGCAAACCAUUAGAAAGGCUUUGCUAGACUCGCAUCAAUGUGAAAUUCUUCUCAGUCUGCUGGAAGAGUUAUGGCGGAAGGAAGAUCCAAAUCUGAAUGUGCACGAGUUAGCUCGACAAAGAGGUCUGGAGAUUGGUUUGCUGUGA